AUGUCUUUGAGAAAUGAAGAGACACCAAGCAAAAAAGAACGACGACGUAGUACGAACAGAGUUCAACUAGAAGAAAAUGUAUUCACUACCCAGAUCUCACACUACCAUCAGACAAUGGGGUACUAUUCAGGUGUGGGCCCACCCUUCAUACCUGACCGUAAUUGUUAUAACAACAUCAACUGGUCAUCACGAGCUCCUCCUUGGACUGGGUGGACACCACCUCCUCCUGGAUCAUGGAUGACAUCAGUAAGCAAUGGAGGUAUGGUACCACCCCCACAGUCAUUUCCUUGCAGGGUUCCUAACCGUGUACCGCCAUCCCCAUUCAAUCCUCCUACUAUGCCUCCACAGCCGACACCAGUGAUUGACCCUCUCUUAGGGACGUUGCACUCUCCAGCUUCAAGUAAUCUUCGAGGAUGGUAUGCCAGGUAUCCAAAUGACAUUCCUAUCCAAGAGGUGCCUGUGGUUGUUCCAUCAGCGCAGUUAGACAAUAUUGAAUGCUUACGACAUGUCGGGAACCAUUUGAGGGCAGAUCACAACUUUGUUGAGAAAACUUUGGUGCAGAAAUGUGAGACGACGGCAUCGGUCUGUGGCACAACAGUCACCCGGCGCUCUUGGUACAAAAUGCCAGAAAAAAGUCCACCACAGCCAACCAAAGAAAAAUCAAUAAAGACAAGUGAGAAAACAGACAAUGUUGUCGAAACAGCAGUAUUGCCAAGUAAGGUUAAAAAGAUGGAAGACGCUGUGAUCUUGUCAUCUGAUUAUUAUUCAAAUUCUUCUGCAAAGUCUUCAAAUUGUCUGCCUGACGUGGCAAAUCACAACACCUCAUCUAGUAACUUUACUGAAUAUUUUCUAAAAAGACUCAUGAAGAAGCAUCAAAAAGAAUCUAACAUGAAAAAGAUAUCUGUCUCAGAUGCCAUGACCUCUGACACACAAACUUCAAAUAUUCAGGCUCCUACUGAGAUACCAGAUAAACACUCAUCACAUGUCCCCAUUUCAAAAAAUCACAAGUCAAAUUCACAUACUUCUAAAAUCGGUAGACAAAUCAUCGAGGAUGUAAUUGAUCUGUCUCGAGAUUCUCCACCAUCUUCUGCAAGUGAGCCAAACAACAACAACGUUAACUGCCGUCAGAAUGAGGCUGCGUCAUGUGACCUUGUAAUCACAAACAGUUAUUCAUUGUCAUUUUCUGGUGUGCCAAACAAGGCAGCCACCCCGUCGUCCUUGAGUGGUGCUAGACUUUCGCCAACAAAGCGGAAACUUUCUGAUUCAAAACCCUCAACACUUGAAGAUAAUCAAAAAGAAAAUCUGAUCGUCUCUGAAUCCUUAAAUGAUUUUCAGAUGAAAUUGACUGAUGGACGGUCAAAACGCAAAAAGUAUGAGCCCCGCAAACGGGACAGCUUUGUGCUUGAAGAGGACACUUCAUGCUGGGUGUCGGGCACAAUGAAUAAACUGAUAGAUUCUAAUUACCAUUCAAAUGACAAACAUGUCCUGGCUCCUAAUAUCAUUGAGAAAACCAUUGCCAGUGACCAAUCUACCAAGUAUUUGAAUAAAAUUGAUAGUGAUAAUGCCCCUGAGUAUUGUGAUAUUGUUGAUAUUUUGCAUUCCUUAUCAGAAUCGGGUCCGAAUUCUCAGGGAGUUCAUGCAAGCAAUAAAGAAAGCCUGCUUUCAAAGAAGGACUCUGUGUUAGAAAGAAAAGUCAUCCGAACAACGCACUCCAUUAGAAAUGACAAGUGUAUUACACUGGAUGAGACAGAUGACUCUGAUGGCACGCAGUCUGGAGAAACACUCACGCCAUGUACUGUCAUACGCUCGAGGCAAUCUUUGGAUACACUUAGCACUGCAGACAAUUCUGUAGACUCGCUUCAUGAUUCUACAAUUAGUUCCAGUUCUUUAGACAACAACGAUGUUCUCGAAGAAAGAAUAGCUGACAAAGAAAUAACACUUUCACUUGAUACUGACAAAAAUGACUCCAAGGAUCAAGGCAACCGCAAUUCUACGAGACCAGAAAAUACUUCAUCUGUGCUGAAGGUAAACAUUUCCUUGACUAAAGAGAAAGAUGAGGGCAAGCAGCUGUCAGCCGAGAUUGGUUCCAACAAGGAACUGACAAAGCCAACAUGGAUGACACUGAGUCUUACAAAACCAUCAGUCUGCAAGCUCCCUAAAGCAAUUCUUCCAAUCAAAAAACAGCCAAUAGAACAUCGAAUAUCCGAUGAAGAACUCGAAACAUUAGAAUCUUUAGGGCAAAAGGUAUCUGGGGAAAAUGUUGCCAUUUCGAGCAGCUGUCUAAAGAAGGAACUAGAUAAAGACUAUUCUCCAAACAAAGAUGGACCCCAAAAUGAUAUGAUAGUCAUGUCAGAGACUCACACUUCUGUUGAGUCUGAGAAGACGCAUACAGAAAAUGUGAAACCCAUCAAAGUAUGGAAUUCGUCAGAAAAUCCGAUACCUAUCAUCGAUGACAGGUUAGAAAAUUCUGAAGGGGCUCCUUCUGUCGGUAAUGAGAGCGAUGACAGUCUGCCUACUGGCCAUUCCCUCUCCAAGAGCCUGCUCCUUGAGGGAAUUGGAUCUUAUUGUAAAAUGGCAGAAACAGACAGUAAGGUAACUGUUCCUGCAGCUGCCGACGCUAGUCUUAUUGACCAGGAUGCUGAAAAUUUCAAGAUCGCAAAGACGAAGCAAAUUUUUGAUCCUGCCCUCAAGGUCAGUUCUCUUGCCGAUGAGUCAGGGCAAAAAAGUCCAACUGCCACCAAAGCCAACAACUUGUGUGACCAAACAGUUGAUGAUGAUGACCAUCAUCGUCAGAGUCAGUGCAAUGCACCAAAUUCCGAAGAGAUGAUGAUGAUGAUGAUGCCGAGUCAAACAGUUGAUAAUCUGCAAAGUCAAAAGCAACAAGAAAAGAAAACCGUGCCACAACGGCAAGAAAUUCAUUCUUCUUUCAAUAAUUCCAUACUGCAGGUAGAGCAUACAAAGAAAUCUCUUCUCUCAAGGAGCAGCAACAUCUUCACUCUCACAACCUCCCCAUUGAAAAGUAAAACCACGACUUCUCUAACAAACUCUGAGGAAACUGACCCCGCUCCCACACUGCAACAGCCUGGAUUGGAAAUCUUAAACCUUUCCAAGAAAGUUUCAUCGUGUAACAAUUUAAAAGAAAUAAAUCAAACACCAUGUCUGGAAAUUAGUGAGAAUGGAGACAUGAAAGUGAUCGCUAUUGUAACCGACUAUGAGGAGUCCACUUGUGAUAGUUUGCUAGGUCUUGCCGAGCCUGAGAGUGUGUUGGGUAAAAAUUCAAAUGUCAUUGUCACACCAAUCAAUUCCUCAAAGAAAAACAACCUUUUAGAAUAUUCAGAACACACCAACAGCUCUCCUUUCAAGGAAUUGCACAAGUCCAAAAUGUUGGCAGAGAUUGACAAAUGUAAAAGCGCCAAGGAAAAUGGGUCACUAUUUUCUUCCUUCUUGAACUGUCGUAAGGAGAAGGAAGUCUUCUCCAAGAACAGUAACGGCGACAUUGUCGUCUCAAAUGACUCUACGCCAAACGUGAAACCGCACACUCACUUCUCGUCCCAUUCUGUUCAUAGUGGUGGAAUUGAGGAUCAAGUUGUACGCCUAGAAGCACCCAAUUCUACAAUAGGCCUGAAUAUUAUGUCUGUUGAAUUGAAACAGCCGCCUUCUGCAGUUAACUAUUCCACUACUUCAGAGAAUGCAGUCUCACGGCUUGUGUCCAGGAUUGGGAUCCAAAUGAUACGGGUGUUUAUGACCAUGAUUGGCUCAAAGUGCUGGAUACGACACCAGCAGUAUCUAUGA